GGCGGCUCCGGGUCUGGGAGUGCAUCCUUGGUCUUUCUUUCCUGUUUUUCCCCAAUCUCGAUGUGAGCUCUGCGUUGGAUAGACAUUGUCCAGUCUUUAAGAGAUGCCAUUGCCACUGCCACUACCACUCGGAAUCUCCAAGCAGGAGACUAAGAAAUCUCAGUUCAGCAAAAUUGUGCCCAGUGAUCAUGGCCAAUUUGAAAAGAGAGGGGAGAAAUACCAAGCAAAGAUAUCUUCAUCUUCACCUCAGGGACCUCUCAAAAAGAGAUCCGCUUUGGAAGAUCUCACCAAUGCUUCUCAAAGUCAACCUGCACAGUCCAAGAAGGAAGCCAGGAAGGAGUUUGUUAAAGAUAUUUCCAAGAAGAUAAACAGGACCAAACCUCCUCUGGAGUUGGCCAAGAGCAAUGAGAUGAAUAUAAAACAAUAUGAGCUGGAACCUUCAUCAGCAGCAGUUUCUGAUACCCCCAUGGUAUUAUACAUUAUAAAGAAACCACACACUCCAAGGACAUUUAUUAUUUCUGAAACACCCACUACUGAGGAGCCUUCUCAUAUCAAAAAGAUAUUAGUUUUAAAAGAGAAACCCACUACUGGGGACACAGUCCUCAAUAGGAGGUCAUUAUCUUUAAAGAAGCACAUAAAUCAGAAUAACAUCCCUCAAUUCGAGAAGCCACUAACCUUGCUUGAGGAGACUGAGAGUGAUUUACAGUAUAUUUUAGAGCCAGAGACUUUUGGGAAGAAACAAAAAACUGAGGAGGCAGUUGUCACCCAGAGGAAUUUAUCCUUUAAGGAGAUGUGCACAUGUCAGGGGAAGCAGCCCUGCUGUGAGAAGGAGAUGACAUUGCCGAAUAUUAAUGUUGAAGAGGAUUCCUUCUUUAUGGAGCCAAUGAACUUAAGGAAGAAGCCUGAAACGAAGGAGGCAACCCCCACCAAGAGGCUAUUAACUUUAAACAAGUGUGCCACUCAGGAAAAGAUGUCUCAUGAGAAGAAGCCACUAAUAUUGCAGAAGGCCACCUCGGGAAAAGAGUCACUCAUUGAGAAAUCAUUGUCCUUUGAGAAUAUGUGUACCACUGAGCAGUUCUGUUUCCAAGAGUCAUCUCUGUUGCAAGAGAAGCACACCAGUCAAGGGGAGGUGUCUCUUUUGAAGAAGCCCUCAACCUUGCAAAAGAUGACAACUAAGGAGGAGUCACUUUUAAAGGAGACUCUGGUCUUUAAGAAGAAGCGUACCAUUGAGGAGGCAACUGCCACCAAGGAGCUAGUAAUUUUAAAGAAGAAAUGUACCACUCGAGAUAAGAUAUCCUGCUUGAAGACCAUUUAUGAAGCAAAGUCAGUCAUUAAGGAGCCAUCCUCCUUUAAAAAGAAGCCUACUACUGAGGAGGAGUUCCUCUUCAAAGAAGCAUCUGUGUUGCCAGAGAAGCAUACCACUCAGGGGGAGGUGUCCAUCUUGAAGAAGCCCUUGGUCUUGCAAAAGAGUCCAACUGAAGAGGAGUCACUUUUAAAGGAGACUCUGGUCUUUAAGAGGAAGCGUACCAUUGAGGAGGCAACUGCCACCAAGGAUCUAGUACUUUUAAAGAAGAAAUGUACCACUCAAGAUAAGAUAUCCUGCUUGAAGACCAUUUAUGAAGCAAAGUCAGUCAUUAAGGAGCCAUCCUCCUUUAAAAAGAAGCCUACUACUGAGGAGGAGUUCCUCUUCAAAGAAGCAUCUGUGUUGCCAGAGAAGCAUACCACUCAGGGGGAAGUGUCCAUCUUGAAGAAGCCCUUAGUCUUGCAAAAGAGUCCAACUGAAGAGGAGUCACUUUUAAAGGAGACUCUGGUCUUUAAGAGGAAGCGUACCAUUGAGGAGGCAACUGCCACCAAGGAUCUAGUACUUUUAAAGAAGAAAUGUACCACUCAAGAUAAGAUAUCCUGCUUGAAGAAACCACUAGUAUUGCAGACCAUUUCUGAAGGGAAGUCAGUCGUUAAGGAGCCAUUGUCCUUUAAACAGAAGCCUACUACUGAGGAAGAGUUCCUCUUCAAGGAAUCAUCUGUGUUACCAGAGAAGCAUACCACUCAGGGGGAGGUGUCCAUCUUGAAGAAGCCCUUAGUCUUGCAAAAGAGUCCAACUGAAGAGGAGUCACUUUUAAAGGAGACUCUGGUCUUUAAGAGGAAGCGUACCAUUGAGGAGGCAACUGCCACCAAGGAUCUAGUACUUUUAAAGAGGAAAUGUACCACUCAAGAUAAGAUAUCCUGCUUGAAGAAACCACUAGUAUUGCAGACCAUUUCUGAAGGGAAGUCAGUCAUUAAGGAGCCAUUGUCCUUUAAACAGAAGCCUACUACUGAGGAAGAGUUCCUCUUCAAGGAAUCAUCUGUGUUGCCAGAGAAGCACACCACUCAGAGGGAGGUGGCCCUUUUGAAGAAGCCAUGGGCAUUGCGAGAGAAUAUUCACAGUAAAGAUGAAUUUCUUAUGGAGCCAGUUUCCUUGAAGAAGAAACAUACCAUGAAUGAGGCAAUCUCUAGCAAGGAGCUAAUAUCUUUAAAGAAGAAAGAGUGCACCACUCAAAUAAUGAUGUCCACUUGCCAAGUAAUACUGGACUUGCAGAAUAUUACUGACAAAGAUGAAGAUCCCUUCUUUAUGGGGCCAGCAUCACUUAGGAAGAAGUCUUCAACUGAGGAAGCAGCCCUUACCAAGACACCAUCAUCGACAAAGAAGAAGCGACUCACUCAGGGAAAGAUGUUUCUCUUAGAGAAGCCACUGGUGUUAGACAAGACUACCUCUGAAGAGGGGUCACUCCUUCAGAAGGCAUUGCCCUUUAAGAAAAAGCCUAAAACUAAUGAGGAGUUACUCCAGCAGGAUCCAUGUCUAUUGAAAGAGGAUCACACCACUCUGCAGAAGCCGUUGGCUUUGCCAGAAAAGACUACCACUAAAGAAAAAUCAUAUAUUAAGGAACCAUCAGAGAAGAAGCCUAUCACUGAGGAGGAAUUCCUCUUUCAGGAGCCAUUUUCAUUGCAUGUUAAACCUACUAACAAAGAUAAGUCCCUUUUCUGCAAGUGUUUGAACAGGCAGAAUAAGACGGAUAGCAAAGAGGACUCCAUGAAGAAGCUGUUGACUUUGCAGGAGAAAAGCACCACUGAAAAGGAUUCCCUUUUCAAGAAACCAUUGGUUCUGAAGAAGAAUCUCUCUAAUGAGGCAACAACAAGCAUACAGAGCCAAUUAUCUUUAAAGAAGAAGCCUACUCCUCAAGGGGAUGUGUUUCCCUUGAAGAAGCAGUUGUCCUUGCAAAAGAACACCUCUAAUGAAGAGUUCCUUAUUAAGCAACCACUGAAGUUGCAGGAGAAGCCCAGCACUAAGAAGGAGUCCCUCUUCAAAGAAUUAGCCUUUCAUGGGAAGUCUACCCCUAAUGAAGCAUUCCAUUUCAAGAUGUUCUCCUUGAAUGAGAAACCCACUACUGGGCAGGAGUUGUCAUUUGAGGAGCCACUGGCCUUGCAAAAUAAUCCUACCCACAGGAAAGAUAGCUUUCUUAAAGAUGUCUCUAUCCAAUUUGAGAGUAGCCCACAUGUAUUCAGAACCACCUCUGAAUCUAGAAUAGGCAUGUCCAGCUCUGGCAUCAUGUCCAUUGUGAGAAAGUUUAAUACCACAAAGAAGUCCAGUGAUUGUGAAUCCGGUUCCAAUAAACCUUUCUCAUCUUGUGGCAAGAGAUUACAGAAGGAGCAGAUUACCCUACUGGAAGAUAUUGGCAAGAACCACAGUAAUCUAACUUUCGACUCAAUAUAUGUCAAGGCUAUCUUCAGAUACUUGAAGGAGAGAGAGGAAAAGUUCAUACUUAAAAAAUACAUGAGCUGUCAGAGUGACAUCAACAAUAACAUGAGGGCCAUUCUUGUGAACUGGUUGGUGGCUGCGCAGGUUGCCUUUAAGGUGAGUCAUGAGACCCUCUACUUGGCAGUGAAACUGGUGGAUCACUACCUUAUGAAGGUAAUGUGCAAGAAAGACAAACUACAACUCCUUGGUUCCACUGCUUUUAUGAUUGCAGCAAAAUUUGAGGAGUCCUUUCCACCUGGUCUAGAUGACUUCCUAUACAUCUGUAAUGAUGCUUAUCAGCGAGAUGAGAUGCUUGCCAUGGAAAUCAGCAUCCUGAAAACCCUCGAAUUUGAUAUCAACAUUCCUGUCGCCUAUCAUUUUCUGCGCAGAUAUUCUGUGUGUUUCCGCGUCAACAUGGAUACAUUGCUGUUAUCCCGCUUCAUCUGUGAGAUGACCCUACAGGAAUAUGACUAUAUCCAGGAAAGGGCUUCCAAGCUAGCUGCUGGUUCCUUCCUCCUGGCCCUCUACAUGAAGAAUCUUGGACACCUGGCUCCUACCCUGGAGUAUUACAGUGGCUACAAGACCUCUGACCUUCACCCCUUGGUCAAGAAGCUGAAUGUACUGCUGACUUUGCGUUCUUGUAAUAAUAGGCUCAAGGCUGUGCAUUUCAAGUAUUCUCACCGGCUCUUCUUGGAAGUCACCAAAAUCCCUCCCUUGAACACGUGGAAUCUGGAGGAGAUUUUGAAUUCCUGCUAAUGAAAUUGAGGGCCUGAAACUCUGGCAGCAGCUACUAGGGCCAAGCUGGCAUGUAACUAGGCUGUUUAUUUUGCCCUACAAAUUGUGUUUUGAUCACUUUUCUUCACUUUUACUUUUUGUUUUUCUUUUCCCCAAAGUAUAAUGUUAUAAAUAUUUACAUUUUUUAUG